CACAGGGAGGAGGCAGCCAGGGGGCGAGAGGAGCGAGACUGCUGGGUGUGUCACAGUGCACUGCGAGAGGCAGCCAGAGAGACAGGCUCCCCGUGCUAGGCAGGACCUGCGGUGAUCACUGAUAGUAGGCCAUGGGGGAUGUAAUAUCAAGUCACCUGGAUGAAGGAAGACGCCAGUACAUUGCAGAACGGACAGGAAAAUCGCUGGCAGAAUUUGGGAAGUUAUAUGAGGAGCAGUAUGGCGUUGCCUUGUUCAAUAGCGUCCGUUAUGAGAUUGAAGGCAAUGGAGGCCCACAGACACAACUACUGCAUCGGAAGAUCCCACUGAAAGACAGGGUGAUCUUUUCUGGUAACCUGUUCCAGUAUCUGGAUGACACAAAAAAGUGGAGGAACCGUUUCUGCCUUGUUCCUCACCACUAUGGACCAGUGCUUUACGAUAACAAAAUCGCUUAUGAGCGUGGCCUGCAGCCCCGAGCUGGCCUCAACUGUGCUGGGUACAGAGUCCUCACCAACCUGGAUCAGUACACAGAGUUGCUUAAUAACACAAUUUCAGGUGUUAAAGUGAAGGCGGGCAGUGCACCGAUGAAAUGUGCAACACCGUUCCCUGUAAUCCUGUGGCAUCCAUACUGCCGUCACUACCACUUCUGUUUUAUGACCGAGCGCGAGCAGCAGCGAUGGAGUGCCGUAUUCCAGGACUGUGUACGUCACUGCAACAAUGCUAUUCCUGAAGAAGCUCGAGUGGAAUCGGCAGCUUUUACAGAUUCUGUGAGGCUCUAUAGGCAAGCACGCGAUCAGUAUGGCACCUGGGACAUGCUGUGCGGAAACCAAGUGCAGGUCCUCAGUAAUCUAGUGAUGGAGGACCUUAUUCCUGACCUGAAAAACAUCAUCGCACCCAAACUACGGGGCAAACCCCAAGAACGGCAGAGGGCCUGGUUGAUGAUUUCCGACACAGUGUACCGGAUGGUGCAUGAGCAGGCACGUCAGUUUUAUGAGGGACUGGAAAAGAGAUGUGGCGACAGGAGAGCACAGAUGGAGAGUCAGAUACGAACGGACAUGGACCAGAUCAUCGCCUGCAAGGAGCAUGUGUCUAACAAGAUCCGAGCUGCAGUGCUGCCGAAAGCCGAACUGUGCGUGAGAAACCAUGUCCAGUCCCACAUCCCAUCUAUCCUGGAAGCUCUGAUGGUGCCAACAAGUCAAGGUUUUUCUGAAGUACGAGAACUGGUCUUCACCGAGGCCACAGAAAUGAACAAGAACCUGGUGAAUGAGGGAGGACAGGACAAGCUGGGCGAGCAUAUGGAGAAAAUAUCCCAGCUGGCCUAUCAUCCGAUCAAAAUGCAGCAGUGCUAUGAGAAGAUGGAUCAUCUGAACCUGGAAGGUCUGCAGCAGAGGUUUGAUGUGGGGAGUCCGUCUGUUUUCAAGCAGAGGGCCCAGAUUCUCAUGAGAGAGCAAACAGACAACGCAGUUUUCACCUUUGAGCAGCUUAUCCAUCAGGAGCUGGCCAAGUCUGAAGGAACAGAGAACCUGUGCAGAGACAUCCAGCGUAUAUUAGAACGCGUCCUCAAGAAAUACGAUUACGACAGCAGCACUGUCCGGAAGAAAUUCUUCCAAGAAGCGUUACUACAGAUCAUCAUCCCGUUUCUACUGAAGAAGCUGGCUCCAACCUGCAAAUCCGAGUUACCCCGUUACCAGGAGCUUAUAUUUGAGGAGCUGUCCCGGUUUGUGCUGGUGGAAAAUGUUUAUGAAGAAGUUGUGCUACAGACCAUAAUGAGAGAUAUUAUGCAAGCGGUUAAGGAUGCUGCCACUCAGCGCAAACACAACUUGUACCGGGAUAGUAUGGUGAUGCACAACAGUGACCCCAACCUUCACCUUCUUGGUGAGGGGCCUCCCAUUAAUUGGACUGAUGAAUAUGCCGAUGGUACAGAACAUGCAGGAGAACGCCAUGGCAGGUCUCGCCAAGUGGUCUCUAUUAUUCAAGACGAUGACGCGCCAGAAUACUUAGAAUCCUGCCAGGAGGCUCCAGCCCACGAAGGCAUCCCCGAGGAACCAGCAGCUAGUGACGUGUACGCAAUCCGCAGCAUGCUGGUCAAAGAGUUUGACGUUAAAGUUCCAGCCAAGGACACUGCAGAAAGUUCUGAAGAAGAGGUAACACCCGCAAUCCAGUCACACACACAGCAAGCGAAACAGGCCGAGCAUCAGGGGCCACAAACAGAAAGGUAUGCUUCACCUCACGAGCAAUACGAAGACAAGCCGGAUCACAGUCACGCAGAGGAGAUGUCGUCACACCACUGUGUGCCAGCUGACCACAGUGUAGAGACAGCUCCAGAAAAUGAGCAAGUGCAAGAAUAUCACAGAGUGACAGAAGUCUUAGACAAGGAUGAGCACGAAGAUGUUCAGCCUGAACAGGAGGAACGGCCACAGGCGACAAGUGACCAUUUCGUCGUAGACCAACAUAAAAAUGUCCAGGAGGAGCAAUCUGAAGUUCAUGAGAACAUGGCCUCUCAUCAGGAGCCGGUAGUAGCACAUGACGGGAUUAAAGCAGAAGACCACACACAAUGGCUAUCCCAUCCCCAGACGUCACAGGAGGUAACUUCAUCCCUCGUCAGCCCUACAGAAGAAAGCUUAGCACAGGCGAUACAGUCUCCUACAACACAUUUAGUACAUUCCACUCCUGACGAUAGUGGAUUCCAGUCACCCAUGAGCGAGGAGGAAGAGGAAGGCGAAGGGUACCGAGAAAUCCCUAUACCUGCCCCAAGAAAGCGUGAUGAAAUCAUCACCCCAUUCUAAGUACCAGUGAUAUGGGACUGAGGCUGUAAAAUGAACUUCUAUGGAGGGCAGAAGCAGCACCUAGCUCUCCUUCCUUUUGGCACAAAACUACUUAUUUAAAUGCUUUUUGGCUCUGCUCCUCUCUGUUGUGCCAGGGCUGGUAUUUUUUUUAUUUUUUUUGCUCCCCCCCCACCCCUACCUUUUAGAACUUAUUCACCAGCACACGUCACUGCACCUCAACAUUACACUGCAGCUGUAUACUGACCUAUCUGAUCACCAAGCCAGCCGCUAAACCUCACACCCACCAUGAUGGUCAUAGCCCUAGAACGCUCUCUCUAACGUGGUGUCCCCUUGUGCACACGUCCAUUACUGCCACCUAUCGUUUACACGUUCUUCUCAGACUGCACAGACUUGUAUUAACACUAACCCAAACGGCAGCUUCAGGGUCUCCCUCUUAUGCUGCAAUGGUUUUACACAGAUUGGGAAAGUCACAUCCACUUAGUUUUGCCAAGAAGAGAUACCUAGGUAUAAAAAAAAGGUUUUCCCGGACAUCCUAUGGCAGCACAGCUGUGCGAGUCCCAUGUGUGAUUGUGCUGCCUACGGACUACAGGAGGUUAAAAUUUCAGGUAGCUAAAUUUUCAUUUUCCUGGACGUCCUACGGCAGUACAGUCACAAAUGGGACCUAUAAAGAGGUGCUGCCUGCGGACUACAGGAAAUGAAUAUUUCAGGGAAAUAAAUUUUCGUUACACUUCACAAGUCCUUACCUCCUGAGUCUUUAUCCUUGAGGUAUCUUUACUGGUUCCCAUUUCGUCACGCUGGCCGAG